AUGUCCAAACCCCUCGUCGUAGACGUUCACACCCAUGUAUACCCACCCUCAUACAUGGCGAUGCUCCGCGCACGCAAAACAGUCCCGUACAUCCACGAUCCAGCCAACGGCGAACCACGCCUGAUAAUUCUCUCCUCAGACGACGACCCAGCAAUCCCAAUCGACCAGCGCGGCCGUCCAGUCGACUCAUCCUACUCCGACAUCAACGUCAAGCUAACCUUCAUGCAACAGCACGGCAUUGACAGCAGCGUGAUCUCGCUCGCGAACCCAUGGCUGGAUUUCCUCGAUCCCUCCGAAGCCCAGGAAUGGGCCCGGCGCAUCAAUGAUGAUUUGGAAGAAACCUGUGCGAGCAUUAAUCAGUCCAACAACCCGGAUAAGAACCUCCCUCUUAAGGGUCGGUCGUCUUUGUUUGCGUUUGCGGUUUUGCCGUUGAGUGCGCCGGGUCCUGAUAUAAUCGUUGAUGAGAUUAAGAGAUUGAAGAGCUUGCCUCAUAUCCGUGGUGUCAUUAUGGGGACUUCGGGCUUGGGAAAUGGUCUCGACGAUGAGAAAUUGGGGCCCAUUUGGGCUGCUCUGGAGGAAACUCAGCUCCUCCUCUUUUUGCAUCCCCAUUACGGUCUUCCUAAUGAGGCUUUUGGUGGUGCUGAAGUGACUAGCCGGUACGGUCAUGUGCUUCCUCUGGCACUAGGUUUCCCGCUUGAGACUACUAUCGCUGUUACUCGCAUGCUGCUGUCGCGUGUUUUUGAUAAGUUCCCGCGAUUGCAACUCUUGCUCGCUCAUUCUGGGGGCACGCUGCCGUUCCUGGCUGGUCGGAUCGAGAGCUGCAUCAUGCAUGAGCGGAAUUUUGUUGAGAAUGGUGGUGUUGUCCCUGGGCCGCAAAGGAGUAUUUGGGAGGUUUUGAAGACGAAUAUCUUCCUUGAUGCAGUUGUUUAUGGGGUUGCUGGGUUGAAGGCGGCAGCUACUGUUGGUGGGGGUACUGAUCGUCUUAUGUUUGGUACUGAUCAUCCGUUCUUCCCGCCUUUAAAUGAGGGCGACAAGGAAUGGCUAAGUGUGACGACCAAUUACAAAGCUAUUGAUGAGAAUUUCGGGGACGAAAAAGAGGCUGUGGCUGCUGUUCUGGGGGGCAAUGCUGCUCGUAUUCUCAAACUUGAAUAA